AUGGCUUCAAGCCUGCCUACCCCGAGAAGAUUUCGCAAAUCAGCUUCCCGAAAUCGAAAAGGUAUGUUUGAUACGUGCAGUCUUCUUGGACUGGUGAAUAAUGGAGCUGCCGAUGAUGACUUUCGAGGCUCAUUGAAAGAGGUGGCCCGGUCCAUCUGGGCCAGAGAAAGCAGAGGAUCAUUCCCGGAGUUCGACAUGCUGGGGCCGAUCCCUGCUGCAUGGCCGGCUGGCACAUGCGGAAGUGAAGCACCGGUCAUUCCGGCGUCUCUGCCGCAGACCACGGUGCCACAGGUGGUGGUAGAGCUUGUCGCUCCGCUAGCAGAAAGUGGCGAUGCCGUAAUCGUCGCAACAAAAGCAUCAGAUGUGGAGGACAGAGUAUUGGUGGUCUCUGGAGCAGACGUCAUUUUGGGGGCAAAAUCUGCUGGAGAUGUAGUGAUGCUCCUGCCAGAGGUCGGGAAAAGUGAUUCUAAGCUACUUGAUGCCUUUUCUACGGCUAAACUGGGGCAUAUAGUCGGCUUUAGAUUGUGUAUUCCAACCUGGGACAUGGUAUUCGUGUCGACUGUAGUGCAAUUCGAGGCGAAAGAAGGUGAUCGGACUUUAAAAUCACUCGUUGUGUCUUCUUCGGGUCUUGAUGAAAGUAAGGACAGUUUUUUGUCGAGCUGUCAUUAA